CCCUAUAAAAAUAAAAAGCGUGCAUGAGAAAUAAACAAAACGCAAUGCACACACCGUUGAACAACGAAGAGGAGUUCGAGAAUAUGGAAGUGUACGAGCCGGACGAGAUAAUAGAAUCAUCGCCAAACAGGAAGUACGUGAAACUGGGAUGCAGGCUGGGCAGCAGCAACUACAAGAAGAUAUUUCGGGCGAAGCAGAAGGUGCCGUACACAUCGGGUGAGCUGCCCGAGGUGAAUGAGCAUGGAGAGGUGCAGGAGUACAAGAAGGUGGGCGUGGUGUGGAACGUAGUUACCGUUUCAUCGCUUGACCAGGAGCUCAUCGACAAAAAUACAUACAUUGAGGAGAUGGAACGUAUAAAAGCGUGCAAGCAUCCCAACCUGAUACGGAUCAUUGAUUCGUGGCAGUAUGAGGACGACUACGUGACAAUCACCGAGGAGAUGAGCGAGGGUAACAUCAAGGAGUACAUCGGUAAGCAUGGUAUGCCCACGCGAGAGCGUCUUCUUGACUGGCUACACCAGAUUUUGGCUGGGCUUAAGUGCAUGCAUGGCAUGCACAUCAUACACAAGAAUUUGAAGUGUUCGAACGUCUUUCUGUCGGUGCGUGAUGGAACCGACAUCGUAAAAUUGGGCGACUUCGGCAUUUCUGAAGCGAAGUUUAAGAAUAGAAUGCCCACCGUGGGCACCCCUGAGUUUCUGCCCCGAGAAAUUUAUGAAGGUUCGCGGUACACCGAGGAAGUGGACGUGUACAGCCUUGGGUUCCUUCUGAUCGAGCUGUGCACGGGCACGUGGCCAUAUGCAGAGUGCAAAGAUGAGUUUGACCUGCUCAAGAAGGUGCUACUUGGCCAGUUACCGUCUGCGGUGCACAAAAUCAGAGAUUCGUGUCUUAAACACCUCAUAUUUCGUUGCAUCACUUCAGUUUACGACCGUAUCACCGUGGACGAGUUGCUCGAGCACCAUGUCUUCUUCCCUGACGAGCAGUGCAACCAUUUCUGUAUUUGUGAGCGACCAGGCACCGUUUUGCAGCUUGCAAGGAGCAAGAACAACCUGCAAUGCACGCUCAUAUCAAUACAACCUGAUGCCAUGCAUCUCCAGCUGCACCUGCCCGAGUCCGAGCAGUUCAUCCGUUUUAAAUUCCAUCAUGACAAGGAUACGAUCGACAGCGUGAUGUCUGAAAUGCUUGAGGAAGAAAUCAUCCGUACAAACAUGUAUGCCGAGCUGUGCGAUCUUUUUAAAACGAGUAUAGAACGUGCGAAGAAGAUUAAAUCGUUGAAUAUUGUAGAAGAGGGCAUUUUCGACGUUGGAAUGAUUGAGAUUAAGCAGAUACAACUCGGUGAGCACUUGAUCAUGGACGUUGAUCAGGGAUAUGCCUAUGCUAGUCGUGGUGGAGGGGGUGUUAAUGGGGAGGAGUACAGCGAAAUUGAUUAUGAGAGGAUGAAAGAAUGUGAUGUGCACCAGUAUGCAUCUCCUGAUGAAACAAAGGAUCGUGAUGUAGUUGAUCAGCUUGGAAUGGUGGACAAAAGAAUGGAGAAAAGGAUUAGAGAGGAUGAGUCGGAGAAGAGCGGUAGUUCGUUUGUGGUGGAGAGCAGGGAGGUGUAUGGGCAGAAUGAUGCACCAGUGCUCACAGUGAUAAGGUCUGACACGGUGGUUGAUGGCGAUGAGGACAGGUCUAAGGAUGAGAGGAACGGUAAGGAUCGGAACAGUGAUAAAGAUGAGAAUGGCGAUAAGAAAGGGGAUGGUGAUAAAAGUACCGCUAGUAACAGCGACAGUAUCACUGAAUACAACGGUGAGUCUACGGCUGAAGAUUUUGCUGCAAAGGACGCUAGUACGGCUAUAAUUGUUAAUCCAUUGGAGAGCAGCUCACUGCAUGGUGUACUGCUGGGAGACAGCGAAAAGGAGAAAGAGGCACGUAAUGGAGCUAUUGCUGAGUAUGUAAUUCGUGGGCAGCAGGGUGUUGGUGAUAGUGCGUGCCAGAACAAUGUGGAGAAAGAGGGUGUGGGUAGUACAUCUGGUACGUGCAAUAAAAUAAAAGAAAAUAAAAAGGCUGAAAAUGAUGUUUUGGGUCAGAAUAUGGGGUUAAAGGAGAGUGUAUAUGAUGGGGAUGGCACGUAUCAGAGGAUGGAGCAAAGUAGGAGUAUGUUGGUUUCUGCUGGUCAGAAAACGGAGCAGAGCAAGGACUCGCCAUCAAUAAUUCAGAAAACGGAGCAAGGCAAGGACUCGCCAUCAAUAAUUCAGAAAACGGAGCAAGGCAAGGACUCGCCAUCAAUAAUUCAGAAAACGGAACAUGGCAAGGAUAUUACGCACGAUGAGAAAGCCGUGAAGGAUGAGGAUCGAGUGAGCAUUGAAGAUUUCGUAAAUGAAACAGCAUCAAUAGUGAACAGAACGCCUGAUAUAGCAAAUGAAUGGGUAAAAUUGCUCAAGGAACAGGAGAUAGACACGGUAGAAGAUCUUAAACUGCUCGUGGAAGAAGACUGGGAUGCACUUGGUCUACCCGUAUUUGCAGCACGUGCAAUGAUGAACACCCUGUACGGCAAAGAUAGACAGCCUGUUAAAGAGAAGCACCAAACAACGAACACCUCAAUACCUGAGUACACAGAUGACCUGCAAAUCAAAGAUUUCAUCGUUGAUGUGUGUACGCUUGCAUGUAAGAUUGAGAAUGCGUCGCUGUGGGAGGCCAAGCUUACCAAUCAGGAGAUACGUACGGUUGGUGAGUUCAAGUCGCUGCAUUCUAAGGAUUGGAACAAGCUGGGACUGUCAGUGUUCUGCUACAGGAUCCUUAAAAAUAUUUUAAAUAGAAAGGGAAGAUUACCUUUUGUGAGGUGA